AUGUCUUGCGUUUCAGGUUUCUCGAUAUCUUCUUUUAUAGAGAUCCUUCUAUUAGUUCCUACAGUAAUUCUCAGAGUCAAGCUAGUAAACACCAUUGAAAUCCCCUUCUUUGAAGUAUCUGUUGGUGUCAAUACAUCAGCAAGUCCGAAUAAUGGAAUAUUCUUUGGUCUUGUGACAGGUAAUAUCAUGUCAAGUGUUCAUAGAAGGAAGUUCCAGUUCACAAAUUGGUUACAAUUCCUUCAUCUAUAUGAUUUUGGAUAUAGUUAUAUCAUUGAAGGUAAUCCAAAUAUUUCAUACAAUCAUUCAGGAAUAGUAGAACAGUAUAUGAUCAAAACAGAUAAAAAUAGUGAAAGAGCAGCUAAAAAACUAUCAGCUGCUUAUUAUUUUUAUUAUAAUACAUCGUAUAAAUGGUUAUGGAUAUCCAAUGACGAUGUUUCCGUAAGUAUCACGCGUCUAAGAAAACUUGUGAGUUUAUUGAAUACAAAAUAG